AUGCCAUCAUCUCACAUCAUCCGCAUUCCUCGAACUGACGAGGAUGGUGCUUUCGUCCUGGGCGAGGUUACACCAUCAGGGUCCAAGCCAUUGAACGUCAAGUUCGUCGCAACCGAGGGCGAGGAGCCGUAUGUAGUCAAGUUAAGGCAUGACCGAAUUGGCGACCUGAGGGCCAGCAGUAGCCCCUGCUCGUCGGAGGAAUGGGAACGCAUCCUGAAGGCGCUUCUUUUGGGCGGUGAACUGAUCGAGGGCAUUGAGGCCGGUGCCGAAGCCCAUGUGGGCAAGUUCAUUACCAUCACCGUGAGGCGACGAGUCGCCGGCAUUAACCAACGGCUUGGUGCUCUCACACUAAAUCACAAGGCAGAUGAAGCCAUCCAACUGUUUGAUUGGUGCGGUGCCGCAGCUUUGCAGCGCGAGCAGUUCCAGGAAAGCCUGGCGACGGAAAAGGCCAAAGUGGCCGAGCGAGAAGCCCGCAUCACCGACUUGAGGAACCAGCUAGAUGAACUUACAGAGUCCAAGAAAGCCAGAGAGAUGGAGAUAUUAGAGAAGUUUUGCGUUCUCUUGAACGAGAAGAAGGUCAAGAUCCGCGAGCAGCAGCGGUUGCUCAGCACCGCUCAGGUUGACCCGUCGAGGCUAGAGGCUGCUCGUGCGUCCCAAGCUACGCGGCCAAAGAUCGCCGAGGACCGGACGCCUGCGCCGUCCCGGCGUGCGAAACGCAAGGCGCUUGAGGAUGCAUCCGGUGGUGGGUCCUCUUCCGACUCAGACGACGGUUUUGAGACAAUGAAAGCAGGUGACGACAAGAUGGAUGUCGAUCCGAAGGAGCCUGGGUCUGCAAAAGGAAUCAAUGAGAGUCCCGAGUCGGAAGAUCGCGAGACCACCGACGAUGACGCGACGAGCAGCGAACCGGAGGCAGAAGAUGAAGCGCCCCCGCCGCCAUCACCACCUGCGAGAGCUCGUCCGCAGCGAAAGCCGGAGCCAAAGAGCCGUGCGACAGCAACUAGUCGAGCAGGAAAGGGAAAGGAUGUCGCGAUCCAUCCGCCGAAGAGAGCACUCAGGAACACCUCGCCGAAGGCAGCCACGCCUCCGCCGGACGAAGGAAGCGAAACUGAGUCUGACGAUGAGCUCUGA